AUGCAAAUAUUUGCGCCCACUAGCAUUUUGUUGGAGGGUGGCCAGUCUUAUGGGUCUACCGGAGGACAUAUUGUGAAGGUUCCCGGCCUUCCUGAUAUGUACGACUGGGAAUUUUUCCCUCAAGAAGUUCCUCUCGAAAUUGACGUUUCGGUGAUCAUUAAAAUGGCUAACGAAGGCCUUGAAGGAAGCGAUGCCGCGUUUAUAACGACCGGAUAUGCUGCGGAAGAGGUGGCCACGGAUGCUCUCAAAGCUUGGUACGCUAAAAGACAACAAGGAUGCUAUGUGAUUGGUCCCUUGGUUCCUCCCAAAACUAGCAACCCUGCAGAAGGAAUGACUGGCUCGGCUGAAACUGAAGAAUUUCUAAACAAAAUGCUCCAGAGCCACGGAGAAAAAUCAGUUGUUUAUAUGUCUUUUGGGACCGUAUUCUGGCCAACAAAACAAGACUACAUUGGCGAGGUUAUCAAUGCAUUUAUUGAGAAGAAUAUGCCAUUCAUAAUUUGCUAUGCAUCACCCUUUGCAAGUCUCUCGGAGGAUCUGAUCGUUAAGAUAAACAGCUCUGGUAUUGGACUUGUGUCUAAGUGGGUUCCACAACAAUACAUUCUCAACCAUCCGGCUACUGGAUGGUUUGUGACGCAUGGAGGACAUAACAGUGUAAUGGAGGCUCUCGGGAGUGGCAUUCCUAUGAUUUGUUGGCCUUUUGAGGGCGAUCAACCUGCCGCCGCCGCAUACCUUUCUGUCAAUCUCAAGGUCGCAUUCGAACUGCUGGAGGUUAGAACAGGAGAAAAAGGUUUAAAGCCUCUGCUUAGGUCCGGUAAACAGGCCAAAGGGACGAAGGAAGCCGUGGCGUUUGAGAUCAGAGAGGUUAUCGACGCUUGCCGUGGCCCAGAAGGCAAGGCUCUGCGAAACAACGCCGAGAAAAUAAAGGAUCGGUUGAAGAAAGCUUGGGAGACUGGCGGAUCCAGUCGCUCUGAACUUCAGUCCUUCUGUGAGAAGUUCAAUGUUGAUCUGAUAUUUUUCAGGCAGUCGGCUCUGAGAGUGGAAGCGAGUAGGUGA